AUGGCGCCGCUUGGAAAGAAAGAGCUCCUUCUCUGGGCGGCAGAGGCGAGCGGUAUUCGACCUUGCAACAAGUACGCUGACCUGCGUGAUGGGGUCGUGCUGUUGGCUCUGGCGAGUCGUCUUUUUCCCGCCACUGUUGAUCCCCGUCUUCUGCGGCGUGGGCCGAUUGACGUGGAGCGGAAUUGGGGCGCGUUGCGGCGCGUCAUGGAGCGAAAUGGAUUGCCGCUGCAUUUGUGUGACCGUCAGGCGGUAGCCGCCGGCCACGCACGUCACUGCUUCAACAUGUUGGUGCUGUUUUAUUUUCUUACGCGGCUUUCGCAGGACUCGGAGUUUUGUGUGGACUUUGCGAAUCCCAUCGACGCCGGAAUUGCGGAGUUCUUGCAGUCGCCACAGAGUCUUCUCUGCGUUGGGAAGUUGCCCGCAGCAUGCGAAGAAGGGACGCAAUUGGAGGAGGAGGAAAACGAAAAACGCUCGGGUGGGUCCGCUCCAGUCCCGCCACCGCCGUCAUCGUCAUCACCAUCAUCUUUUCCUCCCUUUGCCUCCGCCAAUUCUUCCUCCUAUCCGCUGCAUGCGGCGUUGACAACUUCUUCGGCUAAGACAAGCAGUGACGCGGAAGAACCCGUGAGGAGGGGCCGCAGCGGGGGUGGCGUGGCAAAAACGCAGAGCCUGCAGGUAUCGAACGCGCGGCUGCAGGAGGAGCUUGACCAUGUGCGGGCCACAUCACAGCUGAUGUUGGCGCAACAGCGUACGCUUUUGACGAGCGAGGUGGCCCGUAUGACGGAGCAGUUUGAGAUACGGAUGACGAUGCUGCGCCUGGAGCGGGAUCACGAGGUACGUCAGUGCCUGCUCGAUAUGAGGGAAAAGUACGACAUUUUUCUUAGCGAAAUAAAGGAGAAUGAGACGGCAGCGUCUGCCCCGUCUUCUUCUCCAUCUUUCAUGGCCCUUAGGGCUCUUGAGGGCAAAGUACAAACCUAUGAGCGUGAGCUGGCAGAGGCAAGAGACACGAUCCAGCAGCUCCACAAUGCCAUCAACCUGCAGCGUGCCCGUUACGAGGGAUUUGCAGAGAAGAUUUCCAGCGUAUGCGCCGCGGCGCCGCCCGGUGUGUCGGGUGAGGACGAUUUUCUGAAGACUAUGAAUGCGUUGCUGGGAACGCAGCCGCAGGGGGUGCGGGAUGCCGUGAUUCUGCGUCUGAAGACGUUGCUUUCGCAAGUGAGGGUGCCGCCCAGCGAGGAUCAGAGAAACGAGCCGAGGAAAAAGGAGGAGGAGGAGGAGGAGGAGGAGGAUGGAGAGCAAGAAUGUCACGGCACAAGCGGUGGGAUAUCGGGUGAAGGGCAGCGCUUCCGCAUGCAACUGGAGGGAUCCAAGAAGGCGAAACAGUUUCCACGGCAACAACACCAGGACUGGUAUGCUGUGCCUCUGACGGAUGGGUUGGAGGCUCCGUCGUGCAUGAUUGACGCGGAGACGUGUGACGCUAUUUGUGCGCGGGCCAACGCGGUAGCGGAGACCCAUACACCAGCCGCUUCCCCCGUACGACAGGAGCUGCAGCGUCUCGUUCUUGCCAUUCAGAUUCUUCAAGCACGCGUUCAGACCGCGGCGAAUGCCUUGAUGGCCUACAAGGAGAGACAGCAGGGCCUACGCGAGCAGUUGCUUUGCCUGCAGCAGAGUCGGGAGUUGGAGGCACGCGAACAAGAACGCACGUUUGGGGCGAGGCUGGAGGAACAGCGGCGGCGGUUGGAAGCGAACGAGGCGGCACUCACCACAAAAUUACGCCUUGUAGAGGAACGCUGUUCGCGGCGGGAGUCCGUGGCGAAUAUGCUGCACGAGAAGGUGCGCGAAAUGGUGGGCUCAUUGCUGAAGCAAACCCACGUCCACGAUAGUGGUGGCUUUGGUUCAGGUGACGAGAGUGGUUUGGCACUGACGGGCGUGCAGGCGGCACUGCGGCGUUUGCUGACGGACGUGGCAGACUCGCAGCGCACACGUGACUCGAUGGAGGCUGCCCUUGGCGAGCUGAGCAAAGAGGUGGCGAUACUGCGACACGACCUCGCGCGGCGGGAGCUGGAGGUGAAAUCCCUGCAGACGUCACUUGCGGCGGUGGAGGCGGCACGGCGGGAAGAAAGGAUGGAAUUGUCGAAGGCAACGGCGGAGGCUGAUGCAUUGCGGGACGCCAUGACGGUUGAAAUGGACGCAUGUCGUCUUUACAUCAAACGGGUUGGGGAAUUGAUGACUAUGAUGGGAGUUUCGCCGCCCUCGUUGCAUCAGGGCCCUCCAUUUUUGGCCGUUGCGACGACUAAUGAUAAUAAUGAUACACGUGCUAGGACGCCUGCGCCCCUUUCAGAGUUGAACAACGUCAAUGGUAUUGUCAAGGAUAUGUGUGGGGCAGAGCAGAUCAAAGAAACGGCAGCAGCUCCAACCGGAAGGGCUUUAGUGACAGCCGCAGCGGGGGCAGGGGCGAGCACGGCCUCAUCAUUGCUUUCCCCUGAGGAGUUGGAGCGGCGCAAGAUGGAAAUCCUGAGCAAAUACGGCUUCUCGAAUAGAAUAUAG